UUGCCACCCUCACUCUUCAGACGUUCGUUGACACAGCAAGAGGCUGGAUGUGCAGCUGGUGGUGUUCAUUGGUCCCUCAGUCGUGUGAAGAGCGAAAGCAUUUGAUAGCAUCUUCUUCAACAUGAGAAUCUACAGAAUAUUAUUUCGGCAGGCGAGAGCCUUGAUAGAAGAGAGGCUCGACCACUAUUCGCAAUUCAAUCCGUCGCCACUUUCAAUGCAACAGUUUACAGACUUUGGUCAGAAUGCAACAAACAGCGAGUCUUUUCUAUUUUUGCGAAAGGAGCCCCCAAAAGUUUUGGCCAAUAUCAUGAAGGAGUCAAUUUCCCUGCCAAAAAAAACCUCUGCACAUCCCCAUCUGUUUGUGCCGCCCAGCGAUCUCUAUCGAAUGGAGUUUUGUUGUUGACCUUUUUGGGAAUUUGAGAAAGGGGACUGCAAUGACUCAAAGAUCUUGGACAAGUUCACUGAUGCGUUGAUAAAGAUACGAAAUCGCCACCAGGAUGUAGUCAUGACAAUGGCUCAGGGAGUGAUGGAGCUUAAAGAGGCACAUGCUAUUAAUGCCAAUGUGGAAUCUAACAUACAGUACUUCCUUGAUAGAUUUUACAUGAAUCGCAUUUCUAUACGUAUGCUCAUCAACCAGCACAGUAAGUUUAAAAAAGACCUUUGUUUUCUACCUGUUUUUACAUUCUGUGAUAAUCAUCAGCCAGUAUGUGUUAUUGAAAUGCCUUUAGGGGCACCUCCCAAAUGGCUCCACAUAUGCGCAGCCACCAAGGAAUCAAGAUGUUUGUGUCAAAAUAUGUAUGGAAAAUCUGUUAAGGAUGAUUCACUUUUACAAAAUUUAGCAGCUGACAACAUGGAAGAACUAGUAACUUUGAAUGUAUUUUUUAUUAAGAAAGGAAGUAUGAAGACCAUUACUACAUCUGAGUACAUUAUCAUCAAAAAGAUCUCUGGAUUCAGCAUGGAUCCGUUAAUGCUUUGCCCACUUGCACCCACAGGCCAGGACAAGAAGACAGUAACCCUCAAAGAAGCUGGGGAACCAGCUGAUAAAACUCCUGCAAGAGUUGUGUACGUUCCCUCCCAUCUGUACCAUAUGUUGUUUGAGCUCUUCAAGAAUGCCAUGCGUGCAGUGAUUGAGCAUCAUGGUACUGGUGCUGAUGACUUCCCACCCUUGGAAGUGCUUUUGGUUAUGGGCACAGAAGACCUUGUCAUUAAGUUGUCAGACCAGGGUGGUGGCAUUCCUCGCAGUGUUAUGGAUCUCCUCUUCAAUUACAUGUAUUCUACGGCUCCUCAGCCAGCUGUGUCUGGGCUAGACACGCCUCCCCUUGCUGGCUAUGGCUAUGGUCUUCCUCUCUCAAGAUUAUAUGCCCGGUAUUUCCACGGGGACCUCAUGCUAACCUCUUUUGAAGGUUUUGGUACAGAUGCUGUCAUCUACCUCAAGGCCAUCUCCAGUGAAGCUAAUGAGCUUCUUCCUGUCUACAAUAAAACUUGUCAGAGGCAGUAUUCCACACCAAUUCAGACACACGACUGGUCUUCACAGGUGCAUUCAGCAAUGUUCAUAAGACCUUUCAGCACAAAUGUUCUCCAGAGACUGCAACAGGGGCAUAACUUCUCAACAAGCAGUAAAUGCACAGCGACUAAGUGAUUCUGAUGGUAUAUUGGAAAAUAGAAGUUUGACUUGCAGUGUAGUUGGUAAUAAUGUGAGCUGAGCUGUUCUGUUUAUAGUUUGUAUGUUUCCUGAGGCUCAAUACAGAUAUGUAUUUUUAUUCUGAAUUAUAUGUCUGAUAGAGUGCAAGUUAGAUUAUAAAAUUCUUAUGACAGGAGUUCUUGAAUAUCCUGUUGAUGUAGAGCUUAUAAGUUGCGGCAUAUUAGAUAUUUUUUUCAUGAUAUAGUUUUGUUUUAUCAUUGUAACUUUGGUUUCUAUAUACAGUUUGUGUAUAAAAAGGUAAUCUUUCUAACUAUCCGUUUCAACAUUUUAAGGCAUAAUGCUGGUUAGGUAUUUUAAAGAUAAUAGGUGUUUUUGACAUACCUUUUUAAAAUUAUUUGCACAAGUGGAAAUAUAUUAUGUUAGGCACUUGAUUAAUCAAGUAUCCUGUGUACAUACUGCCAUCAAGACAAAUAUCUAUUUUAUUUCUUUUUUGCAUAAUUUUAGGCGUAAUUGUAUAUCCAGAUAACAUUCAUGUUUCACAGGAAGUAGCAGUUUUGCUGGCAGUUAAUGCAUGCAUGUGAAAAGGAGGUGUGAUAAUUGCUGGUUACUCUGGAUAGUGCUUACAUCCAUAACCCGAGUGCUUCCCUUCACCUUUUCAAUCCAGUUUCUUCAUGGGUACCUGGCAACUGAACUAGGGUGUAAAUGGGGAAUUAUAAUAAUGUUGUUAACUCUCAAACAUAGUUAUCCUACUAUGCUGGAGAAUUACAUAAGAGUGGACCAUCAUACACUUCAUCAAUUUUAAGUGAUAGAACUGUGUUAUGUAAACUGCUGAAUGUAUCAGGCAUCAGUCUAUUGUUAUAGUAUGACAUUGAAAGUUUUUAAAUUGGCCUCCCUAUGAUAAUUAAGUACAAGUAUUUUUGUGUAAUAGAUCUGAAAACAUUAUUAGCAGUCAAUAUUUAUGAACCUGUUUCUUUCAUUUAUUUACUUGAGAAAAGAUUUGUUGUGAGCAUGAUUUGAUAUUUGAAUUGUGUCAUUUAAGGUUAAAGACAUAUUCAUUCACUCAUUCAUCAUUUAAUUACAUGGUUUUUACAAAGUGAAACACACAAGCAAGACAAGCUAGUUAGUUAACAUUAUAUAUAAAAAAUAUAGUACAUUCUACAUUCAUUGAACACACAUAGUUUGGAAAGAUUAUAUCAUCAGCAUUUUUUUUACGCAUUUGAUUUGUGAAAUGUUAUAAGUAAUAUGUGCUAUGGAGCUUUAUAAAGUGAUUUGUCUUGUUAUUAGGAAUACAUAAUAAUAAUUUUUUCUUAUUCAGUAUUGCCAAACCCUGAUUUUAUGAUACCUUUACUUCCAACAGAAAAUAGCCCAUAGCAUAAUCGAUUUGAUAUUGUGCAUUUACUUACAAGAGUUAAAGACAAGUGUACAGUUUAGCUAUUUUAGUUCAGCUUUUGAAGGACAAUGAAAUUAUUUGGAAUCCUUUAAUUUUUUAUUUUUUUUAUUAAUAAUAGAAUCCAGUUUAUUUAUUGUACAUAUUCUUUGCCAUGUUUGGAUUGAAGAUUUUAUUUAUUUAUUUAUUUUUUGGAGGUGGAAAUGAGUGAGGAUUUAAGUGCUGAGAGAUAUUCAGCAUUAACUGAAUGUUAAUUUCGUGUUAUACUUUUCAUGUUGCAGGAAAUGUAAAACUUUCAGUGUUCAGAGCAGGUUCCUGUGUGGACAAGUAACCAAUGCAAGUUCUAGUUACUUAUUUAUUAAAUAUUUUAUUAAUUUCUAUAAGGCACAACUUUCUAGCAGAUAACUAUUUUUGUAUUUGCUGCAUCAGAAUAAGUGAUUUACAUUUUCAUUUUUGCCUAGUCAUUUUCAGUUUUUAGGUAUAGUUAUAUUCAUUUUAGUACCUAGGUGUCUGGUACCACUAUUUUUCUAGUGUUAGAUCAUGCAACUGUGAUUUAAUUAGGAUGGAUAUAUCCUUAGAUAUUAGUUUAUUCCCAGUGUCUAUAUUUUGCAGCUCCUGUCAUAUCCUGGUAUCAAGUAGUUUAGCACCAAUUAAAACAAGACAUUGAUGCAGUGCUUGCAACUGUUUUAUGAGAGUGAUAGUCACUUCAAUAAUACUAGUAGUGGAAAUUUCUAGCUCACUGUUGUAUUAUGAAGAUUAUUAACAAUAUGCUUUGAAUGCUUCCCUCACCAGUGCUAGUAUUAUGUGGGCUUUGUCAGCAAGGUGUAUUUCAGUUUGGUCAGCAAUAUAUACACAGCUUUUAUAUUCAACACCACAUCCUAAGUAACAAUUCAGUUAGUGUUGUGAUUAAUGGUAAUUGUAUUAUUUAGCUGCUUUAUUUUUUUCGGAUUGCUGGAACUCUGAAAAUUGAUGUUUUGAAUGCGACUUGCACAUUGUGUGCUGUGGGCAUCAAACAUCCAAUCUCAUACAACAGAAUAGAAGUGGCACUUGUUACUCAAACAGUAGGACAGUGAUCUUAACCCAAAGUCUCUGGGAAAUUUUUGUGUUCACUGUAGUAUUGUUUUGUGAAAUUUCUGCACAUAGAUGGCUCUGCAAGUGCUUAGCCACAAAGGAGUCAGUUAGUAGACCUGGUGACCUCACCUGAACUCACCCUUCCUUGAGUUUGUGGGGAAACAUGCUUUUUUACUAAUGCUAUCAAUAUUGAAGCAAUUUUUUUAUUAUGGUCAUUAUAAUUAUAAUUAUUAUAGCGUUAUCAACAUUACUAACAGCGGUAUUAGAUACAAGAAAGUAUUUUCGAAAAUCAGGGAAAAGGGUAAACAGGUGAGACAGGCUGUACUCAUAAUUGGCUCAUUGGUGAUUUAGUACUUCUGGAGACCUCUUUGCAAAAAUUAAUAAAUUAAACUCGCAAUGGGCAUGGCAUGUACGUGCAUGCCAUCCCCAGCGGCUUAGGGUUAACAAGUACAUAUCAGUUUGUAAAUACUUCUGUUUGAAGGGAAAACCGAAGUGGAAAUAAGAGUAAUAUUGGUAAAUUGCAUGUUAUAUCACCUUUGAAUCCCUUUAGAAGAUGUGAAAUAUUAGUCUUUUCAGAUAUAUAACAGUCCUUGACUCUUGACUGUUUAUCCACUGAUGAUAUAAUUAACAUCAGGACAUGAUGACCUCAGUAUGACUCUCCUGAAGAUGUGAUAAACUGAUAGCAUGAA